CGCGCCCGCCGCGCGGCACGGCGACGGGCCGGCGGGCGGGGCCUGGCGGCCCGCGCGCCCUGGCGGAGCUCGGCGGGCGGUGGGCGGGGCCGCGGCUCGCGCGGCGGAGAGCGGCUCGCCCCCUCCCCCAGGUCUGAGGGAAGCUAUGAGACUGAAACUUCUGCACUUUCCAGCUAGAUCUUUCCACACUUUAACAACAGUAUGCCAAUGCCAAACCUUUAAGAAAACUGGACGUCUGCUAUUGAAGCAGAAUAAUGAAGUUGACGGAACAGCUCACAGAACAGCAAAAUCUUGGAAUGUGUAUGCUGUGAGAAGCACUUCCCCUUAUUUGACAAGUCGAUGUGUACAAAUCAAGAAUUGGCAGCUGCUCCAAGGAAAUGGAUCAGCUUUGGGAAAAAAUGUUUAUUAUCAGAGUGGGGAAGGUUUUUUUCCAUCCUGGAAACAUUUUGGUGUGGCCAUAACGGAAAACUACAAGCUCAAUGCAGAGCAUAUUAAAAAAUUUAGCAACAUAUCAUCAAGAUUUUACUCGGUUGUAUCAGCUGGAAAAAUUAUUCCAAAACACAGUAACCAGCCAGUUAAGAGGCCACCAAAGGCACCAAGGACCAAGCAGCCAUCCAGAGCUAACCAGCCACUACCAUCAGACAUGGAGAAUCUGAUGCAGUGCACAGCCUUUGCAACAGCAGAUGAAUAUCAUCUUGGUAAUCUGUGUCAUGACCUGACUUCACAUGGAUAUGUUGAAAUAACAAGUUUGCCUAGAGAUGCUGCAAAUGUUUUGGUGGUUGGUACUGAGCACUCUGCAAAAGGUGAUGAUUCUGGCAUAAUUUUUUUUUUCAGGGAAGGGGCUGUUGUGUUUUGGAAUGUGGAAGAGAAGAGUAUGAAGAAUAUCAUGCAAGUACUAGAACAGCAUGAAAUCCAGCCGUACGAAGUUGCACUAGUCUACUGGGAGAAUGAAGAGAUGAACUAUAGAAUAGGAGAAGGUCAGUCAAAGCUUCAUAAAGGAGAAAUCUUAUUAAAUUCUGAGCUGGAUAGUGAUGAAGUUGUUCUGCAGAAAUUUGCCUUUUCAAAUGCCCUUUGCCUUUCUGUAAAGCUGGCUAUUUGGGAAUCAUUGUUGGAUAACUUCGUGGAAUCUAUCCAGUCAAUUCCCGAGAUACUAAAGUCACGAAGGAAGGUAAAACUGUCUCAUGCAGAUGUAAUGCAGAAAAUUGGAGAACUCUUCGCAUUAAGGUCCAGGAACACAUCUCAUCGCCAGUAAUUACAGUAGAUACUGGAGUAUGCAAAGGAUACCAGGAGGAAGGACAGGGGUAGGCAGAACUGUUAACUACAGACUAGAGUUAGUAAAGCUUUUCUGUGAGUUCUGUUCUUCCCUUAACUUGGUCAGAAACCACUGCUACAUUGUAAAAAUUUAUUGGGGGUUUUUCCCCUCUCAAGUGAAGUUUGGCCAUUGAGAACACAGAGCAUUAUAAACUUUUUCACAAAACUCAAAAAUCAGUGAAGAGGUAAAUUUAAAAAGUGAUUACUGUUUUAAACACUGGAUUUUAUAUCCUUAUUUGAAAGACUGUUCUGUAAUGAACAGUGAUGUUCUAAGUGUCCAAAGAUUUAUGUGAGCAGUAGGUUGCAAGUGGGAGAUUUUAGGUCUUAGCCUUUAUAAUGUUGAAACUUUAGCCUGGUCCUGGAAGGUGUGCUGUGCUUACAUACCCAGCAUGCAGUACUAGUCACACUUGGGAGUUCUGAGAUACAGUCAAGUUGUUAAGGAGCUCCCCAGCAACUUUCAUUCGGGUACCACUUCAGCUUCAGUGAGUUACUAGCAUAGUCAAGGACGAACUGCAGAAGCCAAGGAAGGUGAGGAGUUGAGGAGGCAACACUGCCACAGACACCGUAUAAAUCUGAGUUCAGAUCUGCUAAUAACUCCUGAUUUCUACUGGGAUAGAGAAAAAUUGGAAGAGCUCUAUGACAAGACUUGUCAGUUCCUCAACAUUAAUCGCAGAGUUAAG